AUGUCUACAAAUAUAACUCAUCAACCUUCACAUAUUACUCAUAAUCAGCGUUCAGUUAGUAACAAGUCUUGGUUCCACGGUUGUACGGUGUGGUUUACAGGUCUCAGUGGAGCUGGCAAAACGACUUUGGCAUUUGCUCUAGAACAUCAUCUGGUUAAUCGAGGCAUAUCAGCUUAUGUAUUAGACGGAGAUAAUAUUCGCUCUGGUUUAAAUAAAAAUUUAGGAUUCAGUGAUGAAGAUCGUGUGGAAAAUAUCCGACGUGUCAGUGAAGUAGCUAGGUUAUUUGCUGAUGCAAAUAAUAUUUGUCUAACUAGUUUCAUUAGCCCGUUUGAAAGUGAUAGAAAUGCUGCUCGCAUGUUGCACUCUCAAAACAAUCUACCAUUCUUUGAAGUUUUUCUAGCUACCCCAAUUGAGGUAUGUGAACGACGUGAUGUAAAAGGGUUAUAUAAACGUGCACGUGCUGGUCAAAUAAAAAAUUUUACUGGUAUCUCUGCAAUUUAUGAAAAUCCAACAAAUCCUGAUUUAAUUUUAAAUACUGAAUUGUAUUCUGUUCAAGAGUGUGUAUCUAAAUGUGUACAAAUGUUAGCUACAGCUGGACUAGUGCCUAACUGUGAUGAAGUAAAUCCAUUUGGUGGUCCUAUGCCCAAAGAAUUAUAUGUGACCGAUCCUCUGGAAGUUCAAAAAUUAAAGGCACAAUGUUUAAGUCUACCUCAUUUGGAAAUUACAGAAUUGGAUCUUCAGUGGAUACAAACACUAGCUGAAGGUUGGGCUACACCAUUAAAUGGUUUUAUGCGUGAAAAUGAAUAUUUGCAAGUUCUCUAUUUUGGUCAAUUGCAAGUAUCAGACUGUUCAGUGAUUACAAAUUUCUCGAUUCCAAUUGUAUUAGCUAUAUCAAAUGAGGAUAAAGAAAGAUUUCAUGGGAAUGGUUCAUCGAUAGCUUUCGUAUAUAAAAGUAAUAUAAUUGGAAUGUUACAAAAUUGUGAAUUUUUCCCUCACCGUAAAGAAGAACGAUGUUGUCACAUAUUUGGAACUAAUCAUAUAAAUCAUCCAAGUAUAGAAAUGAUUAUGUCAUCUGGUGAUUGGUUAGUUGGCGGUGAUUUAAAAGUAUUCGAAAGAAUCAAAUGGAAUGAUGGUUUAGAUCGGUAUCGUUUAAUGCCAAAAGAAUUACAUAGUGAAUUAGUAAAAAUGAAGGCUGACUGUGUCUUUGCCUUUCAACUGAGAAAUCCUAUACAUAACGGUCAUGCAUUAUUAAUGACUGAAACUAGGCAACAAUUAUUAGAAAAACAUGGAUAUCAUAAUCCUGUGUUAUUACUUCAUCCACUUGGAGGUUGGACAAAGUCAGAUGAUGUUCCACUCAAUGUACGUAUAGCUCAACAUGAAGCUUGUUUAGAUGAAGGUGUUCUUGAUCGUGAUACAACUUUGUUGGCAAUAUUUCCUUCACCAAUGUUAUACGCCGGACCACGUGAAGUCCAAUGGCAUGCUCGUACACGAAUGUUAGCCGGUGCUCAGUAUUAUAUAGUUGGACGAGAUCCAGCGGGUUUACCUCAUCCUAAUGGAACAGGUGUUGAUUUGUAUGAUCCAUCUCAUGGUGCUAAGGUAUUAUCUAUGGCUCCUGGUUUAGCCAACUUGAAAAUUAUUCCAUUUCGUGUUGCUGCCUAUGACAAGACAAUCAACAAAAUGUCAUUUUUCGAUUCAAAACGUUCAUCAGAUUUUCUGUUUAUUUCUGGUACUAAAAUGCGUACAUUAGCUCGUGACGGUGUGGAACCACCGAAUGGAUUUAUGGCCGAGAAAGCAUGGAAGGUUUUGUCAAAUUAUUAUUGUCAAUUAAAUAAAUCUGUUUAAUUGAAUAAACGAAAACAAAACAAAAUCUGAAUAAGAUUUAAGAGAUUGUAUGUUUGUUUUUCUUUAAAUGAAGAAGCUAUUUAUUUAUCAGUACAAGUGCAUAUUGUUUCACCAUUUCCAAUGUUUCUUACUCAUUUUCUAUUUAUU